ACCAACCAAAUCGCUUCUGAACGCUUAGAGUCGACAUUGGCCUGAGCGCGCUCUGGUCUGUAGAUCAAACAAGUUCUCAGGCGACAAGUUGUAGUGAAACAAGUUUUUUUUAUUGGCAUCGACUAUUUAAAUUUGGCGGUUGAGGACUCCAAUGUCAAUAAGGGUGGUUUUGCAAAAUCAGACUGUAUGUCGCAUCUAUAUUAAUCUAUGAUAGAGCGAUGGACCGAAAGCGCCGUAAUGUCAAAGCUUCCAAGUGUCCUAACCUCAAUCUUCAAUUGUCAACUAGUUUUCACGACCCAAGUUUAUAAUUCUUCUGGGGUGACUCAAGCACUUGUUUAACCUGUAACAAAAUGUUAGCUUUAGAAUUCUCCGAAACACUGAUAGUACGGACACAAUCUACAAGGAAAACUGUCCACAACUGCAACCUAUGUCCAUAUUUUACGACGUCAUUUUUUCUUAUGGUGAAUCACGUGAAACGACACCGUCUGGAAAAAUUUACGUGCGAAAACACAAACAUCGAAAUUUAUUACUGCAAAGACUGCGAUUUUAAAACGGAACUAACAGUUUUAUUCAAACAACACAUUAACAAACACCACACUCUUAAGACAGAACCUGGAGAUUUAUCAAGUGAGGAUUUCCACACACAAAACCACGUUUGUCAAGACUGCAAUUUCGAAACAAAUUUUUCGUUGAAAUGGCUUCAACAUACUUUGACAUGCACGAACAAAAAUAGUUUAAAAUGGUACGAAUGUACCACCUGUUCAUAUAAAAAUAAAAGAAAAGAUCGGUUAAAAGAGCACGUAAUUCUGCGACAUUCAGACGUCAAGUCGUUUCACUGCAAAUAUUGCCCCUACAAAGCUAAAUUAAAACGGUAUGUAAAAGACCACAUGAACCAACGACAUUCAGACAAGUGGCACAAAUGCACUCAGUGUCCCUUUAAAAGUUUGAACGAAAAAUCGUUAAAGUCGCACGUAGUCAUAAAACACUCGGAUGAAGGAAAAAGGAAAAAGUGGUACGAAUGCGAAAAGUGCCCAUUCAAAACCCAACAUUCGACGACUUUAAAAAAUCACGUAAUUUCGCGACACUUGAACGACGAAGAAGUGACAUGGUACGAAUGUACAACCUGUUCAUAUAAAAGUAAACGGAAAGAUCAAUUAAAAAAUCAUGUGAUUGUACACCAUUCGGAUAUUAAAUCGUUUCAGUGUGAAUAUUGCUCGUACAAGACUAACUUGGAACGGUAUUUCAAAGACCACACAACCUACUGUCAUUCAGAUGGAACUGAAGUUAAAUGGUACGAAUGUAGUCAGUGUCCGUUCAAAACUAGGUACAAAAAAUGUCUAAAGACACACGUAAUAGCGAAACAUUCAGACGAUGAAACAAUUAAAUGGUACGAAUGCGACAAUUGCCAGUUUAAAUCUAAACAAUCAUCGAGUUUAAGACUUCACGUUCUUCGUAGGCAUGCAAAUAAAGACGAAUUGAAGUGGCACGAAUGCGAAGAGUGUCCUUUCAAGACUAAAUUCCUUGUGGAUUUUAAGCGGCACGUGAAAGUUCUCCAUUCAAAAAACUCGGACUGGUUUAAAUGUGUAAAUUGUUCGUAUAAAAACAAAAGGAAAGAUAGUUUGAAGCAACACGUGAUGGUGCACCACUCGGAUAUCAAGUCGUUCAGUUGCCAAUAUUGUCCCUAUAAAGCUAAAGUGGCGACGUAUUUAAGAAAGCACGUGAAAAGUCUGCACGUGCGAACCUAACGUAAAUGAU